CCUCCCGGGCUCUUCCCGCCGGGAGCCAGCCGGGUUGUAGCGGGGAAAAGGGGGUUGGUCUGGGCUGGCAUUACCGCCUGUUCUCUCUGCUGUGCGGAGCGCGGCAGAUCAGCGGCCCCAGGUCUCCCGGAGCCUCUCGGGUCUCCAGGCGGGAUUAAGGGGUUUGCUGUUCUGCCUGUGUAAAAGACUUCCUAGAGUAGAAUGUAGUCUUGAAACGCUGUUGAGGAGUAAUGAAGCUGUAGCACAUCCUGGCCCAAUGGGAAAUUGAGAAGCUCAAACUUUCAUGCCGACAGCAAAGAAGCUAGAACAAUGGGAGUGACUAAUCUGUGGCAAAUCCUUGAGCCCGUGAGACAACCUGUCAACUUGAGCACUCUCAAAGGAAAAACACUUGCUGUUGAUUUAAGCUUGUGGGUUUGUGAAGCCCAGACCGUCAAAAAGAUGAUUGGAGUAGUUACCAAGCCACAUCUGAGAAACCUAUUUUUUCGGUUCUCUUGCUUCACAUCGAUGGGAAUUAAACUGGUGUUUGUCAUGGAAGGAGAGGCCCCCAAGUUGAAAGCAGACACCAUGAGUAAGAGGAACGAGAUGCGCUACGGGCCUUCGAAGAAAGCUGGAGCUGCAAGAACAGGGAGAUCUUUAUUUAAAGCCAUGUUAAAAGAGUGUCUGGAACUGCUGGAGUGUUUAGGUGUCCCGUGGGUUCAGGCAGCUGGGGAAGCAGAGGCAAUGUGUGCCUACUUAAAUGCAAAAGGACAUGUUGAUGGCUGCAUUACCAAUGAUGGAGAUGCCUUCUUAUAUGGAGCUCAAACAGUUUAUAGGAACUUUGCCAUGAAUGCUAAGGAUCCACACCUUGACUGUUACACAAUGUCCUCAAUUAAGGAAAAGCUUGGUUGUGACAGAGAGUCUUUGAUUGGGCUAGCUGUUCUUCUGGGUUGUGAUUACCUUCCAAAGGGUGUUCCAGGAGUUGGGAAGGAACAAGCUUUAAAGUUAAUUGAAACUUUGCAAGGUCAAAACUUACUGCAAAGGUUUGAGCAAUGGCAGGAACAAUUUCAAUAUGAUAAUAAUCCACCAUUGUUUGUUAAAAGGGUAAUUCACUGUUCUGAGUGCCAUCAUCCAGGAUCUUACAGGGAACAUGAGCACAGUGGAUGUAAAUUUUGUGGAAGCUCUAGAUGCUGCAAGCCCAGCAACUCCAAAACCUGCUGCCCUUGUGAAUGGCAUCAGCUACAGCGAGUGAAACAAGCAAGUGCAGUGGAGGACAAUAUCAGAAAAAAAGCUACCAGUUGUGAGGGCUUUCCAUUCUCUGAGGUUAUCCAAGAAUUUCUUGUAAACAAGAAUAAGUUGAUCAAGAUAAAGGAAUGCCAAAGGCCAAAUUUAUUGUCCUUUCAGAUAUUUGCUUCUGAGAAGAUGGAAUGGGCCAAACAUUACGCUUGUAAGAAACUGUUAGCACUAUUGACACUUUAUGAUAUGAUCCAGAGAAAAUCUGGGUACAUUGAUUCAAAACAACUGCAGGCAAUACGGAUAGUCAAGACACGUGUUAAAAACGGAAUUCCUUGCUUUGAAAUUGCAUGGCAAAAACCAGAGCAUUAUGUUGAUGCAGAAGAUGAGCCUGCAGAGUUGUUUGUAGUCACAGUGGAAGAGGAGUCUUUGUUUCAGGCUGCUUAUCCUGAUGUUGUUGCCCAUUAUCAAGUGGAAAAGUCAGAAAUUCCGAAGAAGAAACAAAAAAACAGGAAGGACAGACCAAAAGAAAAAGAAUUACCUGAUGUUUAUGAUGAAGUUAGCAAUCUUCUGUCUCAACUGAAUUUAAAAUCCAGGUGUGGAAUCUUUCCUGUGCAAGACUCCAGGUCAGCUGUAGAAACUCCUCCAGAGUUUCUACAGCAGAGCAGCACUGAAUCAAAAGAUCCUGUGUUAGCUGCAGCUUCCUGCCAAACAGCUGUUCAGAUGCCAGCACCAGCUGCUGCUCUUCCUCAGACUGCAUCAUCUCACUCACUCUUACAGAGAACGUGGGCUGACUCCUCUCUGUUGCCAGCACAAUUGACUAAAAAUUCAGGAACAUCAUCCUCUUCUGCUGUAAUUGAUUUGGAAGAAAUCUUCAUCAAUUCACCAGCCCAUGGGGGUGAUACCCACGAUCCAGCAGCUGACUUAAGUACAUGCAUAAAACACUUGCAUCCACUAGGUCAGGAAACAGUAAGAAAUAACUGGGAAUAUUCUGGUUCUGUGCAAUCUGAUCAACAUCAUUCUGAUAGUGCAGAUGAGUUGGUUUCAGAUGAUGCUGUAGGACAAGUUCAGGAGUGGUCUCUAAGCAAGCGAAUACAUAAGAAGACUGCCAUUCCAUCAAGCCCAUUGUUGUCUGAAGAUGUAAAGCAACUGUGGUCUUCAAAAGGUUUUAAACAAACAAAAGAAACAUUGAAUCCUGAUAAAGAUUGUGUCUCUUCCUCCUGUCAGUUAAAUAAACUAGUGCAGGAAAGUAAAAAUGAGAAACUACAUCCUGGGUGUGAAGUGUUUCCAGUGUCUCAAAAGGCAGCAGAUGUUGUGACUGAUUGUCACAUUAAAAAAGCUACGUGGAAAACUUCUAUUAAAAUGAGUGUGUGUCAGAACAGAGGUCAUUCUAGUGAAGAGAGUGAUGAUGAGAGCAUGAAUAAAAACCUGAUUUACGAGCAGCAGAAAAGGCAGCUGAACCCCAGUCAGUUGAAAAAAUGUUUUACAGAGGAAAGCAGUAACACUGUUACUAGCAAAAGAACAAACAGUGACUCAGCCCUUCUAAUUAAAGACAGGAAGAAACAGACCAAUUUUAAAAAAACUGUUCAGAGUUUGGCCUUGCAAGUAUCUCCCAAAGCAUCAUCUGUAGAGGAAGUCAGUUGUCCCCAAAGUCCAGAGCAGCGAUUUGAGAGGUCAGAUUCUGGUCCCACUCUGCAAGCCAGUAGUGCUGUUCUGCCUUAUACAUGGACAGACAGUCCCCUGCCCCUGUCUGAAAGACUAAAAGGAAGAAUCAAAAACAAUUAGGCUCUCCAUAAAAUAGAUUAUGAUAACAAUUAACUCUGAACCUUCAGCUUUUACAGAGUUUUUCUCUGAGUUUCUGUAAUAUGCUCUAUCAAUUGUAAGUGUUGAUGGAUAAGAAGUGCAGUGAAACUGCAUACUGGAGUUAAAGUUUGAAACUAAAAUUACAGCAGAAGCACUAGAUAGCUGACUGUAGUUCUUCUGGAUUUGAUUACAUUCUGAGCUUGGUAUAUAAGCAUCAGGAUAUUGUAUACCAAGGAGCAGGGAGGCUUACUUACUAAAUAAGGUGUUGGGUUUUUUUCCCAGCCAAUUGUGAGGAUUUUGUGUACAGCUAUUUAAACCAGACUUACUAAAAUAGUGCCUGGCCUGCUGUUGAAUAUGCUUAAUAAGACAAACUGAUACAGCUCUUUCCAGCUCAAAUUUUCUGUUCUUCUCCAGUAACUUAAUUUUGCUAGUUUUAAAAUGGGUUUUCAAAUCCUGGGAUGCUACUUGUGUGAAAGCCCAGAUAGAGACACACAUAGCAGAUGUACCUUGCAGGGUAGCUGAAUUUAUAUGCCAUGCCCUAUAAUAAACUGUAUGUGCAUCUUCCAAAGAAUAGGAUAAGCCAUAAAAGGAUCUUUUGGUUCUGUAGCUGUCAUAUCUAAUAUUUGAAGAAAUGUGAUGGCUGUUUUAAUCUGACAUUUAUAGUUUGAGGCAUUUUUCCUGAAGAUAUGAAAUCCCAUCUAACACUUCUCCUUUUAAUAGAAUGAAGAUAAAGUUGCAGAAAAUCAAAAGAUGAUAUUGCAGAUUCUUUGAAUAAUACCAUGUAAAUGUUUGUUUGGAAAUUUGAAUAGAAUUGCAUUUUUGAAAGUGUUCUUCUGCCUCUCUACUAUAGACACAGUCUCUUAAAAAAAUCUUCUCUUUACCAGCGUUAGGAAAUGCCUCCUUGUUUGUGCUGAAGUGUUCAUGACUUUUUCUCUGGACCAACCAGGAGGGCCACUCUGACCAAAGUGCAGUGUUAACAACUGAGAGGUAGAAUAGCCAUCCCUGCAGGAAUAUGUCAGUUCUUUCUUCAUAAAGGCCAAGGCUUGAAGAGUUGAAAAGCUCAGCUCUAGAUGUGCUCAAGGAAGAAAUAUGUAGUCCACAGAUAAUACAGUCUGUAAGUAGCUAAAGUGGUAGUUUUGUAUUUUCCUCUGUGGGCAGGUGGAGAAAGUUUCUUGAUAAUUGUUUUUCCAAAUGAGAAAUGUAUUAUGGAAAUGAGAAGGCAAAUCCUUAGUAUUGGAAAUUUACUGUCAGUUUUGAAGGUGGUCUCUCUCUUUUGGAGACUCUUAACGACCCAGCUGAUGUGAGGGAGCAACUAGAAGAAUAGAAUUACUAUAGAGUAUGAGAGGAGAAUUCAUCUGGGGACCCUAAGUUGAGACAUUCCUUAUGCAGUGGUCAGCAGGGGAGAGACCAGACCAUUGAUUGUGGGAAAAAAUACUGUUAUUGGUUAUGUUUUGGGUUGUUUUUUUCCUUGCUGCUGAUUGUGAGCACUGAAUAUGGGAAUCAAGAGUUUGGAUUUUUAUUGACAAACUGCAACAUCAUGAGAAUGACCUCACUUGUGUGCACUCCCAGUGUAUGGGAAUGUGCUCUUUUGUUGGAAGGAUCAUAAAAUUUCACCCAUAAUGUGUGGGUUUCUGUGUGUUAAGGUUUUGUUUGGAACUGGGGGGCAAGGGGAAUUUUUGGAGGGUUUUUUGUUUUCCAAAUCUGCCUGGGAUGAUGCCUUUAAUGGAUUAUUCACUGAAUGCCAGGUUCAUGACUUGCUGAUGAUGGAAUCCAGAAAUAAGAUAUGACUCUAUGACAUUAAGAACUGCAGAAGGAGAAGAGACUAGGGAGAUCACCACAAGUUAAUCUGGCUUCAUAAAUACAGUUCAAGCAUGAAGAGCAGAAAAAUGUCAGGUUUUUCAUUUGCAAUACAUCUCAAUUUUGUGCAGGUUUUCUGCCAGUGCUUUGAAAGCAGCAAUACAUGUGGAAACAACUGUACAGGUACCUGCGUUCAGUUGGGCUGUAGCUGCUCAUUGCAGCAGAUAAACACACAAACAUUUAUCAUUAGGGGUGACUGUCGCUUGAAUUAAAUUUUUGAUUUGUUACAGAAGGGAAAUGGAUUUCUCAUCUUUGUGUAAUUUACUUGAUCUAAGGAUUAGGGAUUAUUUUUCUGGGGAAGUGUUUUUACCAUGCCAAAGCUGACUGCUUUGCAACCUCUUGCACUUGUGAAGAAAAUGUUCAAAUAAUUGAGUGGAUAAAACAGGUUGUUCCUCUGCAGGAAAUAUUCCUACAAUAUUGUGUUAAACUGGUUGUAAGUAUAAAUGAAUGUGGUGCAUAAGCCAAA